AUGACACAUUUCCAUUUUCUUAUAUGGAUAGAGGGUGCCCCUGUUCUCGGAAAAAACUCGAACGAAGAAGUCGCUGACUUCAUCAAAACGUAUGUGACUUGUAAAAUACCGAAUCCUGAUGUUUCACCCAUGUUGUAUCGUAGAGUUACUACCCAUCAAUAUCAUCAUCACAAUUCCUACUGUAUGCGUAGCAAAUCAGUAGGAGUAAAAGGUAAGGGUGGUACUCGUAAGGUUUGCCGUUUUGCAUUUCCAAAACCGGUUACAAGCGAAUGGAUCAUCAGAGAUGUUCAAACCUCUAUUGCCGGAAGACGAAAUUUAAAAUCAAAAUGUCAAUUAUAUGAUAAUCCUCGUAAUCUUGACGAAGUGAACAUAAAUAAUUACAAUCCUGCUGUAUUGACAGCAUGGGAGGGUAAUAUGGACAUCUCAUUCGUUGGUGAAAAAUCAUCAUCUUUGGCUUGGUAUAUUACCAAGUAUAUGGCGAAAUCAGAAAGAACGCAUGUCGGGGAAACUUUUGAACAAAUUAAUAGUACGAAAUCUGUAGCCAGUAGACUAUGGAAUAUUGGAAUACGUGCAUUGAACCAUCGAGAAUGUGGUGCACUCGAAGCAGCCGAUAGAUUAUUGGGGUAUCCGUUGUUUAUGACGGAUCGAGAAACUGUUAUAAGGUGGGUUGAUAUUAACAUUGUCAGAAGUAGGCGGGUGAAACCCCGAAAAGUAAUAGAGACAAUGGACGCAGAAUCUACGGAUAUUUUUUACGAAGGCUUGAUUGAAAGUUAUCCAAAAAGACCAGUUGAAUUGAACGAUGUAUGUCUUUACGAUUAUGCGAAGUGGUAUGACAUUGUAAAAGCCAUGCUACAACGGAAAGACGUUGUAUUUUAUAAACUUAAUCCAGGCUCGUAUCUGCGAAAACGCGAAUACGGAUAUUUAAUUAAUCAUUAUCGAUAUGAUCCCUUAACAAAGCCUGAAAAUUACUUUUACUCAUUGCUGGUAUUAUUCCAGCCAUGGCGAUGUGUGACCGAGCUUAAGAAUGGUGAAGAGACAUAUACUGCGUCGUAUUGUUCAGUACAUGCUAAAUUGCCGAUGGCCGCCGAAUACCACGAACGUUUAACGGAAAUUGCCAAAGACACGAAGGAAAUGAAAGAAUUAAUUCAGCAAAAAAUGGAUGAAAUGGAAAAAGACCAAGAAAAUCAUCCUGUUUCAGAUAAUAUUCCACGAGGAUGUGAUCCCAUUGAAGCAGAUGGAGCGAUGAAAGAUUUCGUCAAUUUAGCUGCGAAUGAAGCUCAUAAAGAUCUCAAUAUUACAGAAAUGAUUGCAGAAUUAAACAGAGACCAGAAACGUGUGUUUGAUUUGGUUACCAGCACGAUGGAUUCCGAUGAAAUAUUACGGUUGUACGUGAGCGGAGAGGGUGGAACAGGCAAAAGUUUCUUAAUAAAAACCAUAACCUAUUGGCUCAAGCAAAUAAAAGGUAAGGAUUCGGCUGUUACCGCUCCCACUGGGAUUGCUGCUUUCAAUAUAGAUGGAUUAACUUUACAUAGGUUGUUUCAAUUGCCCGUUGAACAUAAUAAAACACCAAAAUAUAAGGAGCUGUCCGAUGCAGCUUUAGAAGUCAUUAGAGACAAUUUAAAAAACGUUGAUCUUAUAAUUAUUGACGAAAUAUCCAUGGUCUCAAAUAUCACUUUAAUGUACAUUCAUCUUAGAUUAACAGAAAUUUUCAACACUACUGACGUUGAAAAUGGUUGGUUUGGUAAAAAACAUAUCAUAGUGUUUGGUGAUCUUUUACAAUUACCACCCGUUCGAGAAGAACCAGUUUUCAUGAAGCUUUCGAAAGAUAAGAUUCAAAAAUUCAUUGGUUCAUUGUGCAGCUCAAAUUUGUGGAGUAAUUUAUUCAAGUAUGACGAACUAUCUAUUAACAUGCGACAAAAAAAUGAUUCAUCUUAUCGAGAAAUGCUCUCAAAAAUACGCUUGGGUUACAUAGAUACCGAAAGUAUACAAAUGUUGGACUCUAGAAAAAUUGAAUUGCUAUCUGCAAAUAUUCCUGAUAGAAUUAGGGAAUUGUGCGAUUAUAUAAGUACUUUAGCAACCGACGUAGUUUGCUUGAUGCCUAUAAAUCGAAUGUGUGAUGUGUUGAAUGAGGCAAUGUUAGAUCGAAUUCCAUCAACAGAAAUUCACUUAAUAGCUGAGGAUUUAAUCGAUAAACCAUCAGUCAAGACUAGGGUUACAAAGAUUUUACAACGGUGGGAAGAUGACAUAAGUCAAACUGCAGGGCUCGCUAGGGUGAUCCCCGUAAAAAUCGGUGCCAAAGUUAUGCUUCGGCGGAAUAUCGAUGUAACAGUAGGUCUCGUUAAUGGAACGAUCGGUGAGGUACUUUCAGUUUCCGAAUCUUUGGAAAAGAAUUUAAUUGAAAAAGUCACUAUUAAACUCGCAAAUGGUGCGCAAUACAGUAUAGAGCGUGUGAGCAUUAAAUUCGAAGUGAUCGACGGUGUAUACGUAACGAGGAAACAAUUUCCUUUGUGUGUUAGUUAUGCCAUUUCAUUCCACAAGAGCCAAGGAUUGAGUUUAAAAUGUGUUGUUAUGGAUUGCGGAAACUCCAUAUUCAGCUGUGGUCAAAUUUACGUAGGUUUGUCACGAGUAACUUCGCUUGAUGGUUUACAUCUAAUCAAUUUCGACCCAUAUUCGAUUCAUGCUAAUCGUUUAUGUAUUGAUGAGUACAAUAGGUUAAGAAAUUUGUAUCGACCCGAUCUCGACGACAUAAAAAUUCCAGAUACUCGGGGACCUAAAACACGCGAUGUCAUUUGGGCCGUGCCUAAAGGAAUGACUGAUGUGCAAAUACAGGACGACAUAACAUCUGAUCUGCAGGAAAAUAUUAUUACCGGAUUUUUGAACGCUGAUAACACAUCUUGUUAUGCUAAUACUGUGAUUCAAUAUUGCAGAUAUACGACCACUCUGACGGAGGAACUAAAAAAUUUUUUGAACAUAGACGUAUUUAAAUCGAAAACAACACUAACUCUCCAAGAAGUAAUUGAUCGAGAUUUAGCACAAUGGAAAUUAGCUGAUAUUCCUUGCGAUAAUUGUCCUGCAAUGACAAGAAGUGUAAGAUACUCUUUAAACUCAGUCUCAAAGAUAUUGGUAAUCGUAUUGGCAUUACCGGCAGUUGAUAAAAAAACAGGUCAUUAUACGUGCAUGAUCCGACAUGGCCGUUCAUCCUGGAUAAGCGUUGAUGAUGCAACUAUUGAGAAGAGAACAUGGCCUGUUAAUGCCAAAGAUUCUUAUAUGUUUUUCUUGUUGAGAGAUUCAUUAAAACACUUAUCAGUCGAAGUGUUUGAUUCAAGAAUGAAGAAAAAAGGCACCGAGCAUUUAGACUUGAAUUGCAGAGACACGUUACUUCUUGGAAGAUAA